ACUCGCUGGAGAUGCCCUCCUCUAACUCUCCCCUUCCGCAGGGACUUCAUGGACCCCACAAUGGACAGCACCAAGCACAUCCUGAACUAUCUAAUGCCCAUCCUGCAGCGGGAGAGCCUCCGCCUCCAUGACUUCAUGCUGAGAGCGGAGGUGGGGACCAUCUUUGCCCUGAGCUGGCUCAUCACGUGGUACGGCCACGUCCUCACCAGCUUCCCCCACAUCCUGCGCCUCUACGACUUCUUCCUGGCCUCGCACCCACUCAUGCCUGUCUACUUUGCUGCCGUGAUCGUCCUGCACCGGGAGGAGGAGGUGCUGGCGUGUGACUGCGACAUGCCCAGCGUCCACCAGCUUCUGUCCCAAAUACCCCAGAACCUUCCGUACGAGAGCCUCAUCUCCCGGGCCCUCCGGCUCUUCCAGCGUCACCCGCAUGCCGAGCUGGCCAAGCAGGCGGCUCUGCACCACCACAAGAGCAUCUCCAUAGGCUCCUUCACUGCCUUCCAGCUGGCCACCUCCCACCAGCGCCCGGACGCCGUGCUGCGCAGACAGCGGCAGCAGGACAGCGCCCACGCCGAAGCCACUGCUCUCCUGCCCACGGCCGGGCACAGCCCGCUGGUGAAAGCAGCCGUGUGGGGGAUUUCAGCCACGCUGGGGGCAGCGGCUCUGGCCGUCACACACACUGCCCUGGAGUGGGCACCGGAGUUCUUACUGCAGCUCUUCUAGCGCCCGGCAAGCCAGCCAGGACCCUGCGGCCGGCGCGGGCCCCAGGCCACGGAGCCGCGGGCCUCCUCCCACUUAAUUUAUUGGACUGUCAAAGGCUGGGCAGCCGAGCUCAGACAGGCUGCGCCCAGCUCAGAGCGGCCAGUAGCCAAAGCACCGCCACAGUGGCACCGAACUGGGACAGGCCUUCCCUGCUGCUGCCUGAGCCAUUCGUGGCCUGGAGGGGGCAGGGCUGGGCUUACACCCCGGGCGAGAGCCGGGACUCGAACGCUGGCUCUCUCCCAUGGCUGGGGCAGGCCCCGCCCCGGCUCUCAGGUGGAAGCGUAGAACGGUGACCGCGGGGCGCUUUCAGGGGAACAGAGCACUAAUCCCCAGCCCCCCCGAUGGCCCCAGAGAGCUUUCCUAGGUCCCUUUCCCCAGCCUCUGCCCCGUGGGGCUGUGCUCCUGCAGGCCGUCCUGCUGCACCGGGGGUAGGUGUUUGCUAAGCACCAGCUGCCUGCGUGUUUGUGCACAGGACACAGGAAGAGAGCCGCCCCCACCCGGAGGGGCCAGGCAGGAUGGUGUGAGCGGCUGGGGGCUC